CGUCUUUCCACCGUGCCCUCGUUUUGCCCGUCCCUGACCCCAUCUAGGUUCGCUUUCGCUAUCAAUACCAUCUCCAUGGCGAAGAAUGACGCACCCUUUUCCUACAUAGCCCCAGGAAAUAUCUUUGCGUGGGCUCUCAUGCCGCUGAGACACUGCAUGUCCAUGGAGCGAUACGUCCUACUCAACCGCGCCGUCAUCAAGAUCACUCAUUUCCCGGUGCUGUUUUGCAUCUACCUCUACGAAAAGCUGUUCCUGGCACCCGACAUGUACGAGGCAACGGACCUGGUUGACCGACCACACCGGGGCCGUCAUCGUUCGCUUUCGGACCAGGUCUUCUUUAGCCCCAGCGUUCGCGUCCGUGAAGAAUCGAUGCUUCGCUACCGGAAGGACCAGGCGCUCGAAGAGGUGUUCCGGCGUGCCCCGGAUAUGAGAACGCAAAGGCGGGCGGAGCGGCGAAAAACCCAAACCGCAAUUCGAAGCUGGAUGGAUCAACAUGACGGCAAAUUCCACUCGCCCCAAAACUAUUCCACUAUUGAUAGCAGGAUAAGCAGCGACUGGCUAAGGAGGCUGAGCAUGAACCGCGAACGGCCUUCGAGGGUUCCGAAGCACUACUCGGACAUCCGAUCCACGGCAAGUGACCCGGUAGAUAUCCUCUUCGAUCCUAUCAAUGCGGUAGCAACCGACACGUACGACGCCGAAGUUGCAAAGAGAGACUAUCCCGCGGGACCAAAGGAAAACACGGAUGGCGAAGCGGACGGAGAUGACGAGCUGAUCACGAAUGACGAGGACGAAGCGGACGACGUGACCAACACGAUGGAUGAUCGGACCACGACAGGGGAGGAGGCCGUCGAAGAGGAUUAUUUCACGACACCAGUCGCCACGAGGUUUACCAGCACGGAGCUCACAGCCGAAUCCCCUCGCCCCCCAACCUCGCGUCGAGUGCCGCUCCACACCCGGACGCUGUCCACCAACACAAUUCUGCACGCUCCUGAAGACGACAGCCAAGCAUACAGCUCAUCGUCUGCCUCGGCUCGACCACUUCCUCGCCCGCUCAGCACUCGCCACACCCCCGUCGCGACUCCCAUCACGCCAGGCACUGGUCGCCGCUCUCCCCGCCGCUCCUUCUACUUACCCCCACGGCCGCGGUCCAUGAUCCAACCAUCCGAGACUGUGCCUCGCGCAGGCACGACCCGCGGCAGCAGUAAUAAUUUAAGACUAUACAUCCCCACAGCCCAGCCACCCUUGCCGCCUCGCCGGCGUUCCCUUGCAGAUCUCCUCAUGACCACCUCGGCCGAGGACAGCUACAACACGAUGAACUUGCAUGGCGAGAAAGGGGAGGGAAACCCAUCCAGCCCGCCCGCGCGCAGCAACAGCAACAGUACCGCUACCGCAGGCGAGGCGGACCUCAACAGGCUUAUGCUGGCCCGUAUGCAGUCGCUCGAGCAAAGCCUGGGCUGCAUGGUGCAGGAGAUGCGCACGCUGAGAAGGCGGAAGUCGAUGCCGAACACGGCCUGGGACUCGGACGAAGACAUUGGCUGUGGGAGGUCUGGGAAGCGGUAUCAAAAUCAACAUCAGCAUCAUCAUCAUCGUGACCAUGAUCACGGUCAUCAUCAUCAGCACCACCAUUAUCAGCAGCACCAUCAGCAGCACGGACAGGAGCGGCAGCGCGGGUACCAACACCAAUCUCGGCGGGCAGGCGUCGCUGGUUCAGACCCAAGCUCGGUCGUUUCUGCUGGGCAGUCGCUUAUUGAGGUUGCUGUUGCUGUGGGGCGGGACCGAGAGAGAGGUACGGAGAGGACGCUGGGUGAAGGAGGCGGAGGUGGAAGAAGGGCCAGAGGAGCUCCUCCCGGGACGAGCGCGGUCAGCACACCUACGUCACGGAGGGCGACGACGACGCCCGGAAGGAAAGGAGGCGGGGCAUGGAGGAGUCCUCGCGGGGACGGGGAGUCCGCCGCCGCCGCCGCCGCCGCCGCCGCUGCUGCUGGGCUGGGGAUUCAAGGAGCUGUCGAGGGGAGGACGGCGAAGGGGAAGGAGAGGGAAACUGUUGGGAAGGGUCUUAAUGGCGAGGAUAGCGGUGUUGGCGGCAAUGGCGAGGGUAGCGAGGUGGGUGUCAGUCCCGGCACGAGGAGCGGGAUGUCGCCGGAACGGGAUGACAUCGGGAUCUCGCCCAAGGGGGGAACAUCGCUGUAGGCCGAGUCGCCCAGCUGAGCGCUGUCGUUUGGACAUCUUGUUUCGUCUUUUUAUUCGGCGCAUGGUUACGGGCUGGUUGCAUUGGACGGCGUUUUGUGUGCAUUUACGGAAUCUCCCUCCUCUCCGGAUUACUUACGGUACCCCCUGAUGUGUGCAGAUAGCGGCAUUGGCAUUUCGUCGUUCAGUCAUGAUCGCGAGACGGGAGCGCGGGUAUCGGGACGGUAAAGGUCUAGUAAUGACCGUAUUGACUGGACUCAGCACCGCGCUUUCUCUUGGGGAUCUGAAACAGUCGACUAGCUGUCUGUGACUGCGCUUAAUUAGUGGCUGCAGUAUGUACUGUACAGCACUGGCUCGCCUCC